CCGUGCGCUAGUAACACUAAUUCGUAAAUGGACCAGCUUGGUACAUCUAUGUACAGCAUCAUCAACGUUUAGGAUGCUUUUGAUUCGCAAGGUUCCGCCCAGUUCUGCCCUGUUAACCGUUCGUGAUCGCCCUUGCUGGCUACAUAGCCCUUGAUGAUAGAGUGAAUCACUGAUGUGGGGGGGAAGUGAAACACGGCUGUACAGUAUGAUACCAAUAUAAAACCGUUCCUGUCAACCCCAAGUCUCAACACCCCUUCCUCUUGUGAUAACGCCUUUGUAAUGUAUACUAUUGACUUGGACGAGCAUAUGUUGGUGUACUUGUAUGCCAUUGUCGUGGCAAACUGUAUCCUGAUAUACGACUAUAUAGCGACCCUCCCAGAAGAAAUCGCGUUUAUUUGGUGUCGUCCGAAAGCACUGUCUGCAAUGUUAUUUCUCGUUAAUCGUUACGUCGCUCUGCUCGGCAAUAUCUUUGGCCUGCUUAGCGAUUUUCUGCCCAUUUCAAAUGAGGUUCUACAGUUCAUAUUGUCUCUUCGCACUUAUGCUCUCUACGGAUGUAGCAAGCGCCUGCUAAAAUGGAUGGUAAUCAUUGGCCUUGUUCUUGCGGCAGGAG